AUGAAGGGUUUUAAAGUUCAAUUUUUAGUUAUACUGGUAAUUACCUUGUGCAUUUUAAAUGUCAUCGAUGCUGCUAAAUGUAAUAAAAAUAAAAAAUGUCCUGGAACAAAAUGCUGUACCAACAAAGGCAAUUGUGUUGAUGCUAAAAAUUGUGGUAAAUCAUGUCAAAAAUUAUUAGGCAAAUGUAAUCCUCCGCCUACAAUACCACCUACAACACCCACAACUUCACCUAAAGAUUUACCAAUCUCCGCAGAUGGAAAUUGUGGUGAAGCAGCUGGAACUCGAUGCGAGGAUGGAGUUUGUUGUUCUCAAUUUGGCUUCUGUGGUGUGACCACCGAUCACUGUCAGACUGGAUGUCAAUCGUCAUUUGGAACUUGUGGAACCCCAGGAAAUAGUGACGUGAUUGACAAAUGUACCGAACAAAACACCAUCGCAAUUACAUUUGAUGACGGACCACGAAACAUCACUGAAAAAUUGCUUGAUGAACUUAAAGCAAAGAAUGUUAAAGCCACAUUUUUCAUGAACGGACAUGCAUCCCUUCAACAUUGCAUUUAUGACUACGCCCCUAUUGUACAACGAGCAUUCAAUGAAGGACAUCAAAUAGCUUCACACACAUGGUCACAUCCUCAUUUACCAGAAUUAUCAGAAGCCGAAAUUAAUUAUCAACUUGAAACGCUUGAAGUAGCAUUCAAGAAGAUUAUUGGCGCAAUACCGACAUACGCCCGUCCACCAUUUGGAGAACAUAACGCUUUAGUACGUAAAGUGUUGAAACAACGAGGAUAUAAGAUGGUUAUCUGGGAUAUUGAUACCUUAGAUUGGCAAGGAAAUUUACAAGGGUCUACUAAAAUCUUUGAUGAUGAGAUGAACAAGUCACCUCAACCUAAUCCUCAUAUCGUGUUAAACCAUGAUACAAUUGAUACCACUCCCACUACCCUGGGACCUCAUGAAAUUAGGGAUGCUUUAAAGAGAGGGUAUAAAGUUACAACAGUUGGCGAUUGUUUAGGACAAUCUAAUAAAAACGAUUGGUAUAGAGAUAUUGGUGAAUUUCAAAAACCCGAUAGUACAUGGAAAUGUACUUUUGAAGAUAUGCAUGAGAAAUAG